AUGGUGUGGUGCAGCUACUGCGGGCGCGACCAGCAGGCGGAGGUCGACGAGGCCAAUGGCUUCUCGUACGUUCCCUUCACGCGCAUCUCGAUUUGCUCGUUCUUCCUUCCUUCACAAUUCGCCCGUGCUUUUGAGUCGACUCAAAAAACAGGCUCUUGCUGCACGGGGUGUGGGCGUGUGCUGGACGAUACCGUGUAUUCGUCCGACACAGUCUUCAUGAAACAAUCCGAUGGCUCUAGCAUGGCCAUGGGAAGCUUCGUGGCAGAUGCAGGAGGAGGCGGGCCGGUGGUGCGGCUGGGAGGAGCCAGGGGGUUUGCCUUUGGAGGCUCGUCAGAAUCACACGAACGCACAGUCAUGAGAGGGCGCAAUGAGAUUGCAGAGAUCGCCGAGCGUCUGGCCGUGCGACCUCGAGAGGACAUGAUUGGGUCGGCACACCGCCUGUACCAGCUGGCUCUGAAUCGCAACUUUACCCGAGGCAGGCGAGUGGCGCAGGUGGCAGCUGCAUGCCUCUACCUUGCCUGCAGGCAGGAGAAGAAGCCCUUUCUGCUUAUCGACUUUGCUGACUUGCUGCAGAUCAACGUGUAUGUGCUGGGGGCGGUGUACCUACAGCUGCUGCUGGUGCUGCGACUGGAGAACCACGAGCCGCUGCAGGCACCGCUGGACCCUUCCCUCUUCAUCCACCGAUUCGCCGACCGCCUCAACUUUGGGCGCAAGAUGCAUGCAGUGGCCAACACGGCUCUGCGCCUCGUAGCCUCCAUGAAGCGCGACUGGAUUCAGACCGGUCGCAAGCCCAAUGGGGUGUGUGGGGCAGCGCUGCUGAUAGCGGCUCACAUUCACGGCUUUGAGCGGUCCAAGUCGGAUGUGGUGGCAGUGGUGCAUGUGUGCGAGCAGACCGUGCGGCACCGACUGCAUGAGUUUGAAGGCACAGAGGCAGGCGGUCUCACUACCACUCGCUAUUCCUCCCCUCCUCCCUCCCCCCUCAUUUUUUUUCUAGUCUCGCCGGAGGAAUUCGAGGAGAAGUCCAAGGAGUGGGACGAGCUUCUCUUUUCCACCCAGCCGCCUACCUGCAUUCACCAUGCCCUCUGCUGCUUCCCCCCUACGCCCUCCAACCUCCCUUCGACCCCCUUUACUCAGCCUGAAGAGUUUGAGGAGAAGGCCAAGGAGUGGGACGAGCUUCUCUUCUCCACCCAGCCGCCUACCCCUGCUCUCGCUCCUCCUGCCUCUGCCCUCGCCCCUGCCGCUGCCGCCCUUGCUACUAAGAGCAAACAUGGGAAGGGGGCAGCAGCAGGGGGAGGGGCGAGGGGAGGCGCAGGGGGGUAUGGGGAACCGGGUGGUGGGGAAGAUGGGGAAGGGGAGGCGGGGGAGGGGGGAACGGGGGAGGUGGAGCAGGGGGAAGAGGAAGGGGUGGUUGUGGCGAAUGGGGGUGGGGGCGUGGGUGGGGGGGAAGUGGGGGAGGUGUAUUUGACGCAGUGUCAGCAUAAGGAUGCUGGGGCGGCUCAUUUUGCACAUGGGCUCUGCAGGCCGUGCUAUGACAUGCUGGCGCGGACGAGCGGAGGUUUGGUAGGGGGAGCCAACCCGCCUGCAUGGGGGCGGGGGGAGAGGGAGCAGCGGAAAGCAGAGCUGAGGAGGCGGAGAAGCCGCCUCACUGUGUACAGCGUGUUUGGGCAGGAGGAGCGGGAGGAGGGGGAUGGAUACGGAGAAGGGGAGGAGUGGGGAGUUGGAAGGGAAGUUAUGGCUGUUGGCCAGAAGGGGAAGGGUGGAGGUGCAGGUGUGGCGGUGGCGGCAGGGAAAGGGGUGGUUGCUGCGAAAGCGGGAGGGAAGGGAGGGAAAGUGGGGAAGGAUGGGGUGUCGAAGCGCGAGAGAGCAAGGCAGAGGAUUGAGAAGGAUCUCGAUGCAGCUCUGCACCGAGCUGAAAUUGCUCCACUCUUGGUCCACACGCUUCCAGACUCCCUGGGACCUGCCGAACCAGAUACCCUAGGCUCGGUCAGGCGUGACGGUCUAGGUUCGGCAGGCAUAGAUCCGAGCCUGGUGGAUGACCCCGAUCCAGAUUUCUUGGCUGGGGAAGAGGGUGGGAUGGGCGGCGGAGGGAGGUUCGGGGGAAGCGUUGGGGAGAUUGGGGAGGAGGCGCAGGAGGGGGUGGAAGAUGAGGAGGAAGAGGAGGAGGAAGAAGAGGAAGAGGAGGAAGAUACUUUGUCGGAUAUAGAGGAUCACGAGGUCGACGGGUACCUACUAGGAGAGGAAGAAGUAAAGCUAAAGACCCUGAUAUGGACGGAGAUGAACAAGGAGUAUUUGGAGGAGUUGCAGCAGAAGCGAUUUACCCCACUCCCCACUCCCGGCCCAGUGCAGGUGGAUGGGUAUCUCUUAGGGGAGGAAGAAGUAAGGCUAAAGACCCUGAUAUGGACGGAGAUGAACAAGGAGUAUUUGGAGGAGUUGCAGCAGAAGCGAUUUACCCCACUCCCCACUCCCCACUCCCGGCCCAGUGCAGUGCAGGUGGAUGGGUAUCUCUUAGGGGAGGAAGAAGUAAGGCUAAAGACCCUGAUAUGGACGGAGACGAACAAGGAGUAUUUGGAGGAGUUGCAGCAGAAGCGAUUUACCCCACUCCCCACUCCCGGCCCAGUGCAGGUGGAUGGGUAUCUCUUAGGGGAGGAAGAAGUGAAGCUGAAGACGCUGAUAUGGACGGAGAUGAACAAGGAGUAUUUAGAAGAGUUGGAGCAGAAGCAGGCGGCGCAGCGGGCAGCAGAGGACCAGGUGGUGGCAGCUGGUGCAGCGGCAGUGUGUUCAACAGUGGAUGGAUACCUAUUGGGGGAAGAGGAGGUGAAGCUGAAAACCCUCAUAUGGACGGAGAUGAACAAGGAGUAUUUAGAAGAGUUGGAGCAGAAGCAGGCAGCGCAGCGGGCAGCAGAGGACCAGGUGGCGGCGGUGGCUGCGGCAGCGGCAGCAGCAGCAAGUAAAUGUGGCGCCGGGACCUCUGCUCGUGCUGCUGCCGCGGCUGCAGCUGCUGCUGCAGUGCUGCAAAAGGUGUGUCUUGAUGUGGUUUCCAUGCUGAUGUGGUUUCCAUGCUGA